AUGAAAGCCAAGGGGCCGGUUUCGGGUUCUAAACCCACCGGAACUGUUGCUGUAAGCAAAGCGCACACGGCGACAAUUCAAAAGGUUGACGAUGGAUGCCCAGUUUGUUCAGGAAAGCAUUCGGUUGAAUCCUGUGAAGUAUUCAAGAAGCUGACGGUAGAUGCACGAUACGAAAAGGCGAAACAAUCUGGAUUAUGCUUUUCGUGUCUAAAGAAAGGACAUCGUACUGGAUCGUGUAAAGGCAAACAAACUUGUCAAUUGUGCACGAAAAGGCAUCAUUCGUUGAUGCAUUGCGAAGACAGAAAGCUUUCCAAUACUCAAUCAUUGGUGGAAUCUAAACAACCGGAUAGUGAAUCCAGUAAUCAGCAGUUGACUGCAGCGAAAUGUGAGAUACCCUGUGAAUCCAAUUUGACCAAGAAACAGAUCCUCUUGGCAACGGCAGUAGUGAAUGUUUACAAUUCGUACGGCGAUCCUUUCGUUUGCCGCGUGUUACUGGAUUCCGGUGCCAUGGCGAGCUUCGUGACAGAACGUAUGGCGAACUUACUUAAUCUGCGAAAAGAGAGUGCAAACGUUCCAGUUGUUGGAGUGAAUGGAAUGAAAACGAUGGUCAAGUUCAAGAUAAAAGCUAAGGUGGCAUCGAAAACGUCCGAUUACAAUUUUAUUCUAGAUUAUCUUGUUGUACCGAGAGUGACUGGAAUUCUUCCAGCGAUGAAAAUUGAUUCUUCGAAUUGGCCGAUUCCAAAACCGUUCGCUUUGGCGGAUCCACAGUUUUACGAACCGAGUCGCAUUGACAUGCUGAUCGGCGCAGAAAUAUUUUUUGAUCUGAUUCAAUCAGGUAAAUGUCGAAUGUCUUCGGAUUUGCCAGUCCUACAGGAAAGUUAUUUGGGAUGGCUGGUAGCAGGACCCGUUGGUUGUGCAACAGCUAUUAAUACGGUAAAGGUGUGUCAAGCUGCUCCAUCGGAGGUAACAGACGAAAGAUUGAGCGAGCUGCUGAAGAAAUUCUGGACGAUUGAUAAUCAACAAGACAGUCUGCCUGAUGAACACAGCGACGAUUGCGACGUCCACUUCACAAGGACGCAUUAUCGAACUCCAGAGGGACGAUAUGUCGUGAUGAUUCCAUUCUCUGACAACUUGUGUGAAUUGGGUGAAUCUCGAAAGCAGGCGCUGAAAAGAUUUCACUCAUUAGAAAGAAGAUUAGCAAGAUUUCCGGAAACGAAGAAAAUGUACGUUGAUUUUAUCAAUGAGUACCUAACAUUAGGUCAUUGCCGUGUUGUGAGUGAUGCAGAACACAAAUCAGAAUCGGCGUACUACCUUCCUCACCAUUGUGUGAUGAAACCAGAAAGCUCGUCUACCAAAUUAAGAGUGGUAUUCGAUGCCUCAGCGAAAAGCACCACCGAGAUAUCGCUGAACGAUGUGAUGAUGGUUGGCCCAACGGUCCAGGAUCCUUUAUUCGAUAUUGUUCUCAGGUUUCGCAUGUAUAGAUUCGCCUUUACGGCUGACAUUUCUAAAAUGUACCGUCAGGUGCUAGUGAACCCGGCUCAGAGACAUUAUCAACGUAUUCUGUGGCGUGAAAAUACCAACGAACCGAUAAAGGAACUUGAAUUGAAUACCGUAACUUACGGAAUGGCGGCUGCACCUUAUUUAGCAACACGAGCAAUUGUACAACUGGCUAAUGACGAACGUGAUAACUACCCAGCAGCUAGUGAUGUUGUUCUAAGGUCAUUUUACAUCGAUGACUUGCUGGCUAGUGCAGAUACAUUAGAGGAAGCGAAACAUUUGCAAGCGGAAUUGACGGAGCUGUUAGCUAAAGGUGGUUUCGAAUUACUCAAGUGGUGCGCAACCGAUCAGGCACUGCUGGAGAAUAUAAAGGAGCACGCCAUUGAGAAACAAUUGAAAUUCGAAGAUAUUGACGUCGAUGGUGUGAUCAAGACCCUCGGAAUUCUAUGGGAUCCAAUUAAUGAUGUUUUUAUGUUCCGUGUGAAGCCUGUGGAAGAAAAUGCCAUGAAGCUAACAAAGCGUCUGGUUUUAUCAGAGACAGCCAAACUGUUCGAUCCGUUAGGUUUCCUGGCACCUACGGUGGUUAUUGCCAAGAUGUUAAUGCAACGACUAUGGAAGGAGAAGAUGAAUUGGGACGAACCAAUUCCUGAUGAUCAGCUGCGCAUCUGGUCCAGAUUACGAUCGGAGCUUUGCGAUAUAAGUGUUCUUAGAAUCGAGCGAGGACUGAAAAUGAAUGGUGCUACGGUGUUCGAACUGCAUGGCUUUGCCGACGCAUCGACGGUAGCCUAUGGCUGCUGUAUCUAUUUGCGAAGUGUGACGGGCGACGGAGGAGUUUCGGUGCGGCUGAUGUGCGCCAAAUCAAAGGUGGCACCAAUAAAGGAACAGCAGCGUGUCGUGGAACCAGCAGCUGAUGCUGUAGAAAUGACAGUUCCGAGACUCGAACUGUGUGCAGCCUUACUCUUAGCAGAACAGAUUAAUAAGGUGCGCGAAGUCCUAGCAACUAAACCUACAAGGGUAGUGCUCUGGACCGAUUCCAGAAUAGUGUUGUGUUGGUUGAAAAGAAUGAACUCUAAAAUUACAGUGUUCGUACGAAAUCGCGUGAAUAAGAUACGACACUUGUCGAUGAACGUUGAAUGGUGUCAUGUAUCUACUAAAAUGAAUCCAGCUGAUUUAGUGUCAAGAGGUCUCUUUCCGAAUGAGCUGAUGAAUUGUGAUCUUUGGUGGACCGGACCCGCUUAUCUACACUCAAACAAGUACGAAAUCAACGCUGAUGUUGUGGAUCCGAACGAGUCCGACGAAUGUGUUCCGGAACAAGUGAUGUCUGUUACUGUUCUGGGAAACAGUGUCUACGAUACUGUCAUUGCCGUUAGUAGCUUUCGAAAGCUGCAGCGUAUUUUUGGUUACAUAAUUAGAUUCCUGUACAAUUGCCGAGCCCGGCAACGCAAUCAAUCUCGACGUGACGGAUGGCUGACCAGCGUCGAACAUCGCGACGCCUUGUAUGCCAUGGUUUAUGUUGUGCAGUGGCAUGAAUUCUACGAAGAUAUUAGUCGUUUACAAAAACAGCAACCUGUGAGCAAGAUGCUAAGAAAUUUGAAUCCAAUUUAUGAUGAUGACGAAAGACUUCUGAGAGUUGGUGGUCGAAUCAAACAUUCGAACUUACCAAAGGAUCAGAAACAUCCGAUGAUACUGCCAGCAAACCACCAUUUCACGAAUAUCCUUGUUGAAACAUUACACCGAGAGCAUCUACAUGUAGGUUUGGACGGACUCUUAGCGGUGGUGAAGCAGCGAUUUUGGCCAAUUCACGCCAAGAGGACGAUUCAUCGUGUACUCAGGAAGUGCAUUACUUGUUUUCGAGCAAGACCUAGAGAUGUAGUACAGUAUAUGGGAGAUCUACCAAGUUUUCGCGUGAUCGCAGCAGAACCUUUCGCGAGAACGGGCGUUGAUUACGCAUGGCCGUUCCUCUUGAAGGUUGGACGUUCUAGAACGAAACUGAAAUCCUAUGUCAGUCUGUUUGUGUGUAUGGUUACUAAGGCCGUGCAUCUGGAAUUGGUGACCUCACUCAGUGCAGAUGGCUUUCUUGCGGCUCUUCAUCGAUUUGCAGGGCGACGUGGAAAUCCAUCAGAGAUUUUUUCGGAUAACGGCACCAAUUUCCGUGGAGCCAAUCGACAAUUAACAGAACUAGCAGAGCUUUUGAAAUCUCAAGUCCUUGAGCAGCGUGUCGGUGAGUUUUGCCAACCACGAGGAAUCUCUUGGAAAUUUAAUCCUCCAAGGGCCCCUCAUCAAGGGGGUUUAUGGGAGGCCAACGUGAAGUGUAUGAAAACUCAUCUGUACAAGGUACUGAACGAAAGCUAUCUAAGUUAUGAGGAAAUGAAUACGUUGUUAAUACAAGUGGAGGCCAUAUUGAACUCAAGGCCGCUUGUUCAAUUAACCGAUGAUCCUGUAGAUUAUGAGGCCUUAAGUCCAGGUCAUUUUCUUAUUGGGCGCGAACUAACUGCCGUAGCAGAACCGAUCUACGAACAUUUGAAGGAAUCGAGCCUCUCACGGUACCAAAUGGUGCAAAAGCGGAAGCAAUGUUUCUGGCGCAGAUGGUCAAAUGAAUAUUUGACUAGCCUUCAAAGGCGAAGCAAGUGGUACAAGAAUCCUACACUGCUGCGAAAGGGAUUGUUAGUCAUCUUGAAGGAAGAUAACAUGCCUUCUCAAACAUGGCGAAUGGGACGGAUCGUUGAAACUUUUCCUGGUAAGGACGGCAUUACGAGAGUAGUUGAAGUGCGCACGAGCAAUGGGAUUUAUCGUAGGCCAACUACGCAGAUAGCAGUACUGCCAGUUAACGAUGAAUUACAGAAUGUGAAGGAUGAGCAGAGUUGA